ACAGUGAUCAAUUUGUUGAUCCGAGAGGACCAGUAUAUAUAUAAUAACCUUGCUGUCUAGCACCAUAACCGUUCUUUCAGGACCCUUUUUCAAAGCUCUAUGCAGUUUUGCUUUGGGAAUUUCACCGUAUAAUUACUAGAGUUCUUUUGGAGUGAGCAUAGUGAACUCAAAAAGACUUAUUAACGAGGGAAGAGAUCAAGCAACAAGGAGAAAAAGGGCUGCAACUUGUACAUGCAUAUGGUAUCAAAUAUCAAGGAUAUAUAUCCAAUCUUAUUACAUUAAUUGUAAAAAGUGAAAGGGUCUCUCAAGGUUGAUAUAUAGGGUAGCUAGCUAAUUAGAUCGAUUAUCUUUUGUUUUGGGAUCUUGAAGUUGGAAAAAUUAUGGAGUUUGCCAGUUUCCAUCUUCAGCAGCAUCAGCUCCAAGAAGAAUCUGCUCAGUUUAGUAUAAUUUCAACAACCCCACCACCUGACUCUAAACCUUCCACUACUAUCACUAAUCAAUCAUGGAUCCCAAGCAACAUGUACAAUGGUUAUAACAGUGGGUUUCUAACUGAUCAGAGCUUCACAAAUUCAAGAGAACUACAACACAAGCACGCCAUGACUGAUUCACUUAGAAUUUCAACAAGGCAAGCCUUUGGUUUUAACAAUGGAAAAAGCCUCAUAACUCAGCAUCCAGUUGGUGAUAAUAAUAGUCUCUUUCCUGCAAGAAUAUUCAAAGGUGAAAUGAUCGACAACACCUUCAUGAAGGCUAUGGAGGAAUCAUCACUAGUUCCAAUUCAUCAUGAACCACGAUAUUCUUCUCCUAGUUUCUUAUCUAGUAUUGGUGUAACUGUUGGUGAAGAGUUUUAUCCUAAUGACAAGCCUAUAGAUGGAGGGACCCCAAGCAAGAGAUAUAAUAAUAGCUUUGGCGAUGUUGCCUUAAUUUCAAAUUUACCAACCCUAGAUAUGGCCUCUUCCUUAGUUUCAUGUUCUUUGGGAUUAAACCCUAAAAUGUUUGAUCUGCAUACAAGUUAUGGUGGGAGUUGUGGAAUCCAACCUGGCUAUGAUACUUUUGGUAUUAACGAGAGCAUAUCUUUGAGUCACAGCUAUGAGCAUGGCCGUGAAAACAGUCCAUCAAACAGCACAAGUAAAAUUUCAUCAUUUGUAAGUGAAGUUGCAACGACGAAAAGGCCAAGCAAUUGCUCUCCACCAAAAGAAUCUGAAGCAAAAGCUAAGAAGUCAAGGCCAUCAUGCCCGCCCCUGAAGCAGGUAAGAAAGGAGAAAUUAGGGGAUAGGAUCCAAACUCUUCAGAGACUAGUGGCACCUUUCGGAAAGACCAGCACCGCCUCUGUCUUGAGUGAAGCAAUUGGCUACAUCCAUUUCCUUCACCAACAAAUCCAGACUUUGAGCAUUCCUUACAUGAAAUCCGCGCAAAGCAAGCCCUCUAGAGUGGUGCAGCUGGAUUCAAAUAAGGUAGAUAGAAGAGAAUUCAAGCCCGACCUUAGAAGCAGAGGCUUGUGUCUUGUGCCCCUUUCUUACGCAUCAUUCAUUCAUCGUUGUGUUUAGACAUUUUCUUAUAUUGUUAUUAGUAACAGAUGCCUGAGAUAACCCAAAUAUUGAAUCAAAAAAUUUUAUGGUGUGCUUGGUUUUAGUUUGUGAGCAAUGACAAUGUUGUAAUGUAAAGUGUAUAGAGGAGUGAAAAUGAUGAUUAAAAAAAAAAUGAUUUUCACCUCACUAUAUAUAUUUUGACAAAUAAAUCAAUUUCGUUUUAUUCUUCGUUA